ACACGACUAAAUUUCGUAUUCCAGCCCCGGUUUUGCGGAUCAGAGCACAGGGAUAAUCGAAUUAAAUAACGGGCUCUCGAGGAAAGAAUUUCUUAUCAUUGCGUCCAUAUUAAAGACAUUUUAACAAAAAAGAUUUUUUGACGAUACCGACCAGCAAGAAAGGGAAUACUAUCGUUUGUUCCAUCGUUGGGUCACUGUUUUAACUGAGCUGUUUUAGUAUUCAAAGCCAGAUUUAAAGAUUCAAAGGAGUCCGUUUAAUAAAUCCACCUCAACUAUCGGGCAAAUUAAGAAAACCCAUUGUGAUUUAUCGGCAAAACCCACAAUUUAGAUUGACUGUCUACGGAAAUGGGACUGCUGUUCGCUAAACUGAUGACUGUGUUCGGGGAUAGAGAACAUAAAGUAAUUAUUGUCGGAUUGGACAAUGCUGGGAAGACCACAAUUCUUUACCAAUUUUUAACAAAAGAAGCAGUGCAGACCUCUCCCACAAUUGGCAGCAACGUGGAGGAAAUUGCCGUAAAGAAAACACGCUUUCUCGUUUGGGACAUUGGUGGGCAGGAGAGUCUCAGAGCAAGCUGGAAUUCGUAUUACUGUAACACAGAGAUCAUCAUCCUGGUGGUUGAUAGCACUGAUCGAGAACGUUUGACUGUGACUAAAGAAGAACUUCAUCGCAUGCUUGCACACGAGGAUCUGCAGAAUGCAUCAGUGCUGGUUUUGGCGAAUAAGCAGGAUAUGAAGAACAGUAUGACUGCUGCGGAGAUCUCCCAGAGUCUGACACUCAGCUCGCUCAACGCUCGUUCCUGGCAUGUCCAGGCUUGUUGUGCUCUCACUGGAGAGGGUUUACCAGCCAGUCUAGACUGGAUGCAAUCCCGUGUUGUGGCAAACUAACUCCAGCAGCCAAGCCUAUUUAACCUCUGGAACUGUUGAAAGAGCGACCUAGGUCUACUUACACUGUUGUUCAGCUCUCUGUGCCUCGAUCUGGGAAUCAGCCAGAUUAACCUUCAAAUUCUAAAACCUGGAGGAACACGCCUAAUCACCAUCACCAAUUAUACUCUGGAGACCCGAUGAAUCCUGGAUACUCUGAGUGUGUGAGUGUGUGAGUGUGUGAGUGUGUGAGUGUGUGAGUGUGAGUGUGAGAGAGAGAGAGAGAGAGAGAGAGAGAGAGAGAGAGAGAGAGAGAGAGAGAGAGAGAGAGAGCGCGCUUGAAUGUGUAUGUGUGUGGACAUGUGCAUGUUGUGUAUUAUGUGACUCCGUUCUAGAGGUCUACAUUGUUUACAUUACAGACUUCUGAAAUGAUCUGAUCUGAUCAUGAUGUGUCGGUGCCACUGCUAAGUAUUCACCUCUGGGUUGUUAUAAACCAACGGCUGUACAGACAGCUUCACUUUACAAGUGGAGCAAUUACCUACAGACAGCUAUUGAGAUGCGGGAUGGUUCAUAUGCCUGUACUGAUUGUGCUGAGCCACUAAGCUAUUGAGCAAGCAUUACUUGAAGUAUUUAAAUGGUAUUGUAUGUAUGUUGUACAGAUAUCUGCAUGCUGAAAUGAGAAAAGUGUUCAAGUAUUUUAUUUUUAAAAGUAGACUGGAUAUCCAUAGUAUGUUUUCUUAAUUUUGUACAAAAUGGUUUUGUACAAAUAAAAAUCUCUAUUAAAAAUGUGCCUUA